CGGAUCCGACUUGGACAGUUGGCUUGAGAUCGUUGGAAAGCUCGUUUGUGUUAAAGUUUUGGACGUUUUAUGGAUUUUGGUCGUGUUGUAGCGCACAUUCCAUACAUUUUGAUCGCGCUCAUUUAGUUAAUUACGUCAACGGUUAAAUUUAGAUGUUUGUGAUGGGUUUUUGGUGAUGUGAGUGCAGUGUGCUCUAAACUUCCGGAUUAUACCAUUUAGUUCGGAGCCCAAACACGUGCCGCUCUUUCACCAUCGCCGAAGCCAGAAAAAAAAAACAACCUCAAGACAUUUUUAUCAAUGAGUCUCAUCAUCGGCGACGUCUGAACCCAACGAUGACCGUAAAAUAGUUCUUUUCAGCUUGAAGUUUGCUCUCAGGACGAGAGAGAGCGCAAUGCUGUCGGCGGGGCUUGGGUACGGUGUCUCCGGUCCCGUGACGGGCACCACGCCCCCCUACAGCCCGCCACCCCCCGCUAGACACAGCCCCUUACCAAGUUUCGGAUUCACACAGGAGCAAGUCGCGUGCGUGUGCGAAGUAUUACAACAAGCUGGUAACGUCGAACGCUUAGGUAGAUUCUUAUGGUCGUUACCGGCUUGCGACAAACUACACAACAACGAGUCCGUACUAAAGGCCAAAGCCAUAGUGGCCUUCCAUCGAGGCAACUUCAAGGAGCUUUACAAAAUAUUGGAAAGCCACCAGUUUAGUCCGCACAAUCAUGCCAAACUGCAAGCCCUGUGGCUCAAAGCGCACUACAUCGAAGCAGAAAGACUCAGAGGCAGACCGUUGGGCGCUGUGGGCAAAUACCGCGUGAGACGAAAAUUCCCUCUACCUCGGACCAUUUGGGACGGUGAAGAAACAAGUUACUGUUUCAAGGAGAAAUCCCGGAGUGUUUUACGCGAUUGGUACUCGCACAAUCCCUAUCCUAGUCCUCGCGAAAAAAGGGAACUGGCGGAUGCCACCGGUCUUACAACCACCCAGGUCUCCAAUUGGUUCAAAAAUCGAAGACAGAGGGACAGAGCAGCCGAACAUAAAGACAGCGGCCAGUCCAACUCCGACAAGCCCCAUCUCGACUCGAGCGGAUCGGACAGCGAGUCCGAGCACAAGCUCUCGACGUACACCCCUUCGGGGGCUGUGGGGCCCCCGCAGCUCGCGCCCUACGGCGGACUGGGGGCGCCGUCGCUCGGACAGCCCCUCUACCAGGCCCCGGGGGGCCUCCUGCACGACUACCAGGCCUUGUGACAGUGGUUAGCCACGCCGCAAGAUGCCGCCAGUAAUCUGUGAAUUGGUGAUACGGGGGACGCCCCCAACUGACCUUUGUUACUACUGUACUUAUCGAAUUGUAUUUUUGUUCAUAAAGUUUUAAUGUACAUAGAAAUUUAUUCCCUACUCUAGGAUAAGUGUAUGUAUUAGGUAGUUAGUCCAUCACUGCCUUUCUUUUGCCAUCUCCGAGCAAUAACUUAUGCUUAGGUCUCGGUGUACUUUUUUUUGCUGUGACUGUACUUAAUCACCCGAUUUUCGGUCAAUCAUUUGUGGCACAAAGCAAUAAAACUAUAGCUUUUACUAUAUUUACGGAAACUACUGCUCUUUAUUUCAAAAAAAUACUGAAAUUGGUUUCAUGACACUUUUUUUGAAAUAAAUACUGAUCUUACGUUACUCUACAUACCUUCACCAUACGUACUUAUAUAAGUGGUUAAAAAGCACAUUAUUUUGUUUAUGUCCGAAUAAUGUUUCUGUUGUAACUGAAAAUAAAUUUGAAUAAUUACCC